GCUGAUAUCCAAAUUUCACAAUCUAACAUUGUAUACACAAGCAAUGUUUACAGAAGUUCCACCUACAUACGACGAUAUUGUGUAACGCGCCCGCUCUCUAUGGCCAAGCUUUCGUUAUUGUGAAAUACGACCUAUAUUUACCUGAUAGAUUCAAUAUUCGUUUCAAGUACGUGUACAACUUUACACACGACCAAGAUGGCUUAUCCUUACGGACAGGGCCCCCCAGGGGGAUAUGGAGCCCCACAAUAUCAGCAGCAGCAGCCACCACAGCAACGACCUGGUGGUUACCCAGCCCCAGGGCAACCAGGAUAUGGGGGUGGGGCUCCACCUCCAGGAGGCUAUGGAGCGCCAGGACAACCUGCAUAUGGGGGUGGUGCACCUGCAGGUUUUGGUGCUCCCCCAACCGGGAUGGACCCCCAGGUGCACCAGUGGUUCCUGUCAGUUGACCGUGACCGGUCAGGCAAGAUUACAGCACUGGAACUGCAACAAGCCCUCAUGAAUGGCAACUGGAGUCAGUUCAAUCCAGAAACUUGUAGGCUCAUGAUAGGUAUGUUUGACCGUGAUAUGAGCGGAACGAUUGACAUGAAUGAAUUCAGUGCCUUGUGGAACUACAUCCAGCAGUGGAGAGCUGUCUUUGAAAGAUUUGAUGGUAAUCGCUCAGGAGGUAUUGAAGCUCAGGAGCUUCACUCUGCUUUCAGUCAGAUGGGGUAUAAUUUGACUAUGAACUUCGUCAACAUGAUAGUCUACAGAUUUGAUAUUCAGGCGCGAAGGCAGUUGACGCUUGAUAACUUCAUCCAGGCUUGUGUGAUGCUGAAGUCUCUGACUGAUGCCUUCAAGCAGCGAGACACAAACAUGACUGGAGCCAUUAGUCUUAGUUAUGAAGACUUUUUGUCCUUGGCUGUCUUGAAUAAACCCUAGUUACUAAAACAAUCUUUUAAGCUUAGAGUCAAUCAUGCCAAAGAUGAAAUACAGUUGGUAAUUCUUUAACAAUGACAAACAACCAUCAGUGUAAAUCAGUUAGGAAAUUGCUUUGUGAUUGCAAUAAGCCAAGAUGUUUCAGAAGGCAAGAUGUUGCAAGAGAGUACAUGUAGUAACUGUUUAGACUAUUGCUAUAGUGAAUACACAGUUCCCUUUCAAUAUUUGCUUCACUCAAAAACAAUCAAAUUGGACUAGCUUUUUACUUAACAUGUUACACUCGCUUCAAUUGGUUGUACAAAACAAGUCCUAACAGGGAACAGGAAGCUUACUUAGGUAAAACAAGCAGGAGUGAUACAAGUGAUGUGACCUGCCAGUGUGAGGACACACAAAUGUCAUUGGAUGUUCCACAAUUGGAUGGCAAUGUAUCAUGUUCUAAAAACCCAUGCAUGUAAGUUGGUUUCAAAACCUUUCUGGCAUUUCAUCUUUGGUGAUGGCGCACAUCUUCAUAGAAACUCACUGUAGAAUGUCUUCUAUCUUUAUUUUCAGUCCAGUCCAAUACACACAAAUAAGUCCUGCGCUCUUUAGUCUCGAUUCGCGCCCCCAGGUCUUUAACAGGGGAGACAAUUUCAGUUGCAAAUAUGCCUGCCCACUGACCAUUAUCAAAAUACAGUUUUCUGAAGCAUCACUUGCACCAAACACUCCCUCAGGUAAUAAACAGAGGAGAUCCAUUCUGUCGAAGCAAAUAUGAUCCUACCCUCAUACAUUGUCCAAAUCUUUUCACAGAAACAUUACUUUUGUUAAUUUCAAUGUAAUAACAGUUGAAACUGUAAGGAUCAAGACACUCUUCAAUGUCAAGUUGGUGCUUGGAGUGUUUCGAAACUUGCAGGUCAUGGCAAGUCUGAUUCAGGUUUUUUCAACAACACUGUCUUUUUACUCAGAUCUUUAGAUUUGUAUCCAUCGAUCAGUCAAUACCUUCCAAGAUAUGAAACCAACUCCUGCUUCACACAGUGCUGUAACUACUUCAGUAUCUGGAUGUACACAGUUGAGACCAUACCUCUGUUAGUCUAUACUGUAUGCCAGUGUUGCCUCGGAGGUGUUGGCUGUCUUGACAUGAUUGACAUCAUUGCUCAACUCCAGUUCCAAAUCAAUUAUAUACAUUUGUUAAUUUCUGUAUAUUUUAGUCACUUCAAUAACUACAAUAAAUGUCUUUGAUCAAUAAUAUGAUAUUUAAUCCUGCUCUUAAUAUUUUCAUGGAACGUCAUGUCUAUUUUAUGAAUAUUGUUAGAUAAGUGUUUGUUUACUCAGUGUAAAUGUAUGUAUGUGUUAUGUCUAAUAUUACAUCUUGUACUUGAUAUGGUACAUUACAAUAAGAAAAUAUUAAUUUUAGGAGUAUACAAAAAUGUCUUUCAUUUUCAUAUAUAUACAUAUAUAUAUAUAUGUACAUCUCGGUAUAUUUCUAACAGUAAAUGUGAUUUGUCUGACAUGCUUUUUCAGUGAGGUUACCACUGUUGUCAUGAUGAAGGUUGGAAUCAGUAUUGAAACAUGGACCAGGAAACUUUGAUAAUUAAACAGACAUGUUGGCUGAAGUUUAUUGUCACAAUAUCUUUAUUUACCAUUUGUCAUUGCUAAUUGAAUAAACACAUUUGUUACUUCUAAA